AUGGCGGGACACAGGGUUGCGCAUGCGACACUGAAAGGGCCGAGCGUGGUGAAGGAAUUAAUAAUCGGUUUGACACUCGGUUUAGCUGCUGGUGGUCUCUGGAAGAUGCACCAUUGGAACGAGCAGAGGAAAACCAGAGCUUUCUAUGACUUGCUUGAGAGAGCUAUAGCUACUAGUCUUAACAUUGCAACCCAACGAGUGGUCGUCAGCAGCGAGAAUCGACCGGUUCGUCUCGCCGGUCCGGUAUGUUUGAACAAUCCGUGGAAUCUUGGAUCAAGAACAACGAACCGGAUGGUGAAAUUUAGGCCGGUUAAAGCAGCGCCAGAAGGAGGGAUAACGGAUGUGGAGAAGAGCAUUAAGCAAGCAGAAGAGGCUUGUGCGGGCGAUCCAGUGAGCGGAGAGUGUGUAGCUGCGUGGGACGAGGUGGAGGAGCUUAGCGCAGCAGCUAGCCACGCUAGAGACAAGAAGAAAGCUGGUGGCUCGGAUCCUCUUGAAGAAUACUGCAAAGACAAUCCCGAGACUAACGAGUGUCGUACUUACGACAAUUGA